AGAAUGGCAGAUGAACGGAAAGACGAAGCAAAGGCGCCUCACUGGACCUCGGCACAGCUAACAGAGGCAUCUGCACACUCACAUCCACCUGAGAUUAAGGAUCAAGGCGGAGCAGGGGAAGGACUUGUCCGAAGCGCCAAUGGAUUCCCAUACAGGGAGGAUGAAGAGGGUGCCUUUGGAGAGCAUGGGUCACAGGGCACCUAUUCAAAUACCAAAGAGAAUGGGAUCAACGGAGAGCUGACCUCAGCUGACAGAGAAACAGCAGAGGAGGUGUCUGCAAGGAUAGUUCAAGUAGUCACUGCUGAGGCUGUAGCAGUCCUGAAAGGUGAACAAGAGAAAGAAGCUCAGCAUAAAGACCAGACUGCAGCUCUGCCUUUAGCAGCUGAAGAAACAGCUAAUCUGCCUCCUUCUCCACCCCCAUCACCUGCCUCAGAACAGACUGUCACAGUGGAGGAAGAUUUACUUACAGCCUCGAAGAUGGAGUUCCAUGAUCAGCAGGAAUUGACUCCCUCUGCAGCUGAGCCUUUAGACACGAAGGAAGAGGAGUCAGAGAAGCAAAGUAAGCCUGGUGAAGACCUUAAACAUGCUGCCUUAGUUUCUCAGCCAGAGACAACUGAAACUUACCCUGAUAAAAAGGACAUGCAAGGCACAGAAGAAGAAAAAGCACCCCCAGCUUUGUUUGGGCACACUCUUGUUGCCAGCCUGGAAGACAUGAAACAGAAGACAGAACCAAGCCUUGUAGUACCUGGCAUUGACCUCCCUAAAGAGCCUCCAACUCCAAAAGAACAAAAGGACUGGUUCAUCGAAAUGCCAACGGAAGCAAAAAAGGAUGAGUGGGGUUUAGUUGCUCCAAUAUCUCCUGGCCCUCUGACUCCCAUGAGGGAAAAAGACGUAUUUGAUGAUAUCCCAAAAUGGGAAGGGAAACAAUUUGAUUCUCCCAUGCCAAGUCCCUUUCAAGGUGGAAGCUUCACUCUUCCUUUAGAUGUCAUGAAGAAUGAAAUAGUUACAGACACAUCACCCUUCACCCCUGCCUUUUUACAGCCAGAUGACAAAAAAUCUCUGCAACAAACCAGUGGCCCAGCUACUGCCAAAGAUGGUUUUAACAUUGAAGAGCCCUAUGAGGAUAAACCUGACAAAACGGCAGAAGCACCACCCUCAGAGGCAAUGACCUUACCCAAAGAUGCUCACAUUCCAGUUGUAGAAGAACAUGUUACAGGGAAAGUUUUAGAGGAAGAAAAGGAGGCCAUAAAUCAAGAGACUGUACAGCAGAAAGAUACUUUCACCCCCAGUGGACAGGAACCUAUACUUACUGAAAAGGAACUUGAGCUGAAGCUUGAAGAAAAAACCACCAUUUCUGACAAAGAAGCUGUGCCGAAAGAGAGUAAACCCCCAAAACCUGCAGAUGAAGAAGCAGGCAUAAUUCAGACCUCCACAGAGCAUAUUUUCUCAGAACAGAAAGACCAAGAGCCUACCACAGAUAUGUCGAAACAGGACUCGUUCCCUGUAAGUUUGGAGCAAGCCGUUACAGAUUCAGCCAUGACCUCUAAAACACUGGAGAAAGCCAUGACCGAACCAUCUGCAUUAAUUGAAAAGAGCUCAAUUCAGGAACUUUUUGAAAUGAGAGUUGAUGACAAAGAUAAGACUGAAGGGGUUGGAGCUGCAACAUCAGCUGAGCUUGACAUGCCAUUUUAUGAAGAUAAAUCAGGAAUGUCCAAGUACUUUGAAACAUCUGCCUUGAAGGAAGAAGCAACAAAAAGCAUUGAGCCAGGCAGUGAUUACUAUGAACUGAGUGACACUAGAGAAAGUGUCCAUGAGUCUAUUGAUACCAUGUCUCCCAUGCAUAAAAAUGGUGACAAGGAGUUUCAAACAGGAAAAGAACCCCAGCCCAGUCCUCCAGCACAAGAAACAGGGUACAGCACUCUCGCACAGAGUUAUCCAUCUGAUUUACCUGAAGAACCCAGUUCUCCUCAAGAAAGAAUGUUCACUAUUGAUCCAAAAGUGUAUGGAGAGAAAAGGGACCUCCACAGUAAGAAUAAGGACGAUUUGACCCUCAGCAGGAGUUUAGGACUUGGUGGUAGGUCUGCAAUAGAACAAAGAAGCAUGUCAAUCAAUUUGCCUAUGUCUUGCCUAGAUUCCAUAGCCCUUGGAUUUAACUUUGGUCGGGGACAUGAUCUUUCUCCUCUGGCUUCCGAUAUUCUAACCAACACUAGUGGAAGUAUGGAUGAAGGGGAUGAUUACCUUCCAGCCACCACACCUGCACUAGAGAAAGCCCCUUGCUUCCCCGUAGAAAGCAAAGAGGAGGAACAGAUAGAGAAAGUAAAAGCUACCGGAGAAGAAAGUACUCAAGUGGAGACAUCAUGUGAGUCUCCUUUCCUAGCCAAAGAUUUUUACAAAAAUGGUACUGUCAUGGCACCAGACCUGCCUGAAAUGCUAGAUCUGGCAGGCACAAGGUCAAGACUGGCUUCUGUGAGUGCAGAUGCUGAGGUUGCCAGGAGGAAAUCAGUCCCAUCAGAGACUGUGGUUGAGGAUACUCGUACUGGUUUGCCCCCGGUAACUGAUGAAAACCAUGUCAUUGUAAAAACGGACAGUCAGCUCGAAGACCUGGGCUACUGUGUGUUCAAUAAAUACACAGUCCCAUUGCCAUCACCUGUUCAAGACAGUGAGAAUUUAUCAGGGGAGAGUGGUUCCUUUUAUGAAGGCACUGAUGAUAAAGUUCGAAGAGAUUUGGCCACAGACCUUUCAUUGAUUGAAGUGAAACUGGCAGCAGCCGGAAGAGUCAAAGAUGAGUUCAGUGUUGACAAAGAAGCAUCCGCGCAUAUCUCUGGUGACAAAUCAGGACUGAGUAAGGAGUUUGACCAAGAGAAGAAAGCUAAUGAUAGGUUGGAUACUGUAAUAGAAAAGAGUGAAGAACAUGCUGAUUCAAAAGAACAUGCCAAGAAAACUGAAGAGGCUGGUGAUGAAGUAGAAACAUUCGGAUUAGGAGUAACCUAUGAGCAAGCUUUGGCCAAAGAUUUGUCAAUACCAACAGAUGCAUCCUCUGAGAAAGCGGAGAAGGGUCUUAGUUCAGUGCCAGAGGUAGCUGAGGUAGAAUCAUCCAAAAAGGUGGAACAAGGUCUGGAUUUUGCUGUCCAGGGUCAACUAGAUGUUAAAAUUAGUGACUUUGGACAGAUGGCUUCAGGGCUAAACAUAGAUGAUAGAAGGACAACAGAGCUAAAACUUGAGGCUACACAGGACAUGACCCCCUCAUCCAAAGCACCACAGGAGGUAGAUGCAUUUAUGGGUGUCGAGUCUGGCCACAUGAAAGAAGGCAUCAAAGUUAGUGAGACAGAAGUCAAAGAGAAGGUGGCCAAGCCUGACUUGGUGCACCAGGAGGCUGUAGACAAGGAGGAGUCCUAUGAGUCUAGUGGUGAGCAUGAAAGUCUUACCAUGGAGUCCUUGAAAGCUGAUGAGGGCAAGAAGGAAACAUCUCCAGAAUCAUCUCUAAUUCAAGAUGAGAUUGCUGUCAAACUGUCGGUGGAAAUACCUUGCCCACCUGCUGUUUCAGAGGCUGAUUUAGCCACAGAUGAGAGAGCUGAUGUCCAGAUGGAAUUUAUUCAGGGGCCGAAAGAAGAAAGCAAAGAGACCCCAGAUAUAUCCAUCACGCCUUCUGAUGUUGCAGAGCCAUUGCAUGAAGCAAUCAUAUCUGAACCAGCAGAGAUUCAGAGUGAGGAAGAAGAGAUAGAAGCCCAGGGAGAAUAUGAUAAACUGCUCUUCCGCUCAGACACCCUUCAGAUUACUGACCUGGGUGUCUCAGGUGCCAGGGAGGAAUUUGUGGAGACCUGCCCAGGUGAACACAAAGGAGUGAUUGAGUCUGUUGUGACCAUCGAGGAUGAUUUCAUCACUGUAGUGCAAACCACAACUGAUGAAGGGGAGUCAGGGUCCCACAGCGUGCGUUUUGCAGCACUAGAGCAGCCUGAGGUGGAAAGGAGACCAUCUCCUCAUGACGAAGAAGAGUUUGAAGUAGAAGAGGCAGCUGAAGCCCAGGCAGAACCCAAAGAUGGUUCCCCAGAGGCUCCAGCUUCCCCUGAGAGAGAAGAGGUUGCAUUUUCUGAAUAUAAGACAGAAACCUAUGACGAUUACAAAGACGAGACCACCAUUGACGACUCCAUCAUGGACGCUGACAGCCUCUGGGUGGACACUCAAGAUGAUGAUAGGAGCAUCAUGACAGAACAGUUAGAAACUAUUCCUAAAGAGGAGAAAGCUGAAAAGGAAGCUCGGAGAUCAUCUCUUGAGAAACAUAGAAAAGAAAAGCCUUUUAAAACCGGGAGAGGCAGAAUUUCCACUCCUGAAAGAAAAGUAGCUAAAAAGGAACCUAGCACAGUCUCCAGAGAUGAAGUGAGAAGGAAAAAAGCAGUUUAUAAGAAGGCUGAACUUGCUAAAAAAACAGAAGUUCAGGCCCACUCUCCCUCCAGGAAAUUCAUUUUAAAACCUGCUAUCAAAUAUACUAGACCAACUCAUCUCUCCUGUGUUAAGCGGAAAACCACAGCAGCAGGUGGGGAAUCAGCUCUGGCUCCCAGUGUAUUUAAACAGGCAAAGGACAAAGUCUCUGAUGGAGUAACCAAGAGCCCAGAAAAGCGCUCUUCUCUCCCAAGACCUUCCUCCAUUCUUCCUCCUCGCCGAGGUGUAUCAGGAGACAGAGAUGAGAACUCCUUCUCUCUCAACAGUUCUAUCUCUUCUUCAGCACGGCGGACCACCAGGUCAGAGCCAAUUCGCAGAGCAGGAAAAAGUGGUACCUCAACACCCACUACUCCUGGGUCUACUGCCAUCACUCCUGGCACCCCACCAAGUUAUUCUUCACGCACACCAGGCACUCCUGGAACCCCUAGCUAUCCCAGGACCCCUCACACACCAGGAACGCCCAAGUCUGCCAUCUUGGUGCCGAGUGAGAAGAAGGUCGCCAUCAUACGUACUCCUCCAAAAUCUCCUGCGACUCCCAAACAGCUUCGGCUUAUAAACCAACCACUGCCAGACCUGAAGAAUGUCAAAUCCAAAAUCGGAUCAACGGACAACAUCAAAUACCAGCCUAAAGGGGGGCAGGUUAGGAUUUUAAACAAGAAGAUCGAUUUUAGCAAAGUUCAGUCCAGAUGUGGUUCCAAGGAUAACAUCAAACAUUCGGCUGGGGGCGGAAAUGUACAAAUUGUUACCAAGAAAAUAGACCUAAGCCAUGUGACAUCCAAAUGUGGCUCUCUGAAGAACAUCCGCCACAGGCCAGGUGGCGGACGUGUGAAAAUUGAGAGUGUAAAACUAGAUUUCAAAGAAAAGGCCCAAGCUAAAGUCGGUUCUCUUGAUAAUGCUCAUCAUGUACCUGGAGGUGGUAACGUCAAGAUUGACAGCCAAAAGUUGAACUUCAGAGAGCAUGCUAAAGCCCGUGUGGACCAUGGGGCUGAGAUCAUUACACAGUCGCCAGGCAGAUCCAGCGUGGCAUCACCCCGACGACUCAGCAACGUCUCCUCGUCUGGAAGCAUCAACCUGCUUGAAUCUCCUCAGCUGGCCACUUUGGCUGAGGAUGUCACUGCUGCACUCGCUAAGCAGGGCUUGUGAAUAUUUCUCAUUUAGCAUUGAAAUAAUAAUAUUUAGGCAUGAGCUCUUGGCAGGAGUGGGCUCUGAGCAGGUGUUAUAUUCAUUCUUUAUAAACCAUAAAAUAAAUAAUCUCAUCCCCAAACUGUAGUAAUUGUUACAAUUUUAUAUUUAAAAAAUGAAUAGUACAUGCAGAAAUUGACCUGAUUUCCAUUUGCAACAGGAAGACACUGGCUUUACAUGGGUUCAAUUGGACAAUUAUUUUUGCUCUGCUCUGUUUUGCAUGGAGUAUUAUUUUAAAAAUUGCAUUUUUACCUUUCAUGUGCCUGAAGGCUAUCCACUACAUUCUGAAGGCCUUGUUAAAUCCAAGCUGCUCAUUUCACUAUUCUGUUCCUGAGUGAGAAGAUAAAAACUGCCCAUUGUAACUUAUUUCAGGUUAAAUUAAACCAAGGAGUCUGAUUGCAGGAAGGGAAGAGCAUGUAAGAAAUAAGUUUUUUUAAAGUGUUAUUUUGUAUAAAUGGGAAGAAAGAUUCAAUUAAGUUAUUAACAUUUGGGACCUGGAUAAUUAUAUCAGAGUAUGUCAAUCCAAUAAAUUAUUUAACUAAUUAAAAAAAUAGAUUGCAAAGCAUUUGAGCUGUGGUUGAGGAAGUGGUGUAAAAGUGCAUCCCUUAGGAAUGAUGCGCUUUCAUUAGGAUGGACUCGUGUCUGAUUAGAAUGUCAGUUGAUCAGCUAGAUUUGUGUCCACACUACCAGUUUCACACCCCCUUUCCAUCUGUUUGAUACAGUAUUAUAGAUAUAAAUAUAUAUAUAUUUCUCUGUGGCCAUUUGUGAUACUUCCUCAUAUACUUGAAUAUUAUACUUCUUUAUUCACAGUAUCUGUGUCUCCUGCACCCUUUGGUGUUGCAAUUUUAGGUAUGUGAAAGUAGAUGUUAGCAGGGUUCUCUCCCUAUUUAAAAAAAAUACAUUAAAAAAGACAAAAAAUUUUAGCAUGAAGUUGCUUUCUGUAACAACUCAAAGCCGUAACCCUGUUUUAGUGCCAGAUACAAGUCUCUCCCGUGAUGCUAGAAAAAAAUUAUUUUUCUUUGCUUUCACCAACAUGGAGUUUGUGGGGUGGGUCCAGUUAUACAUGAAAGGGUUUACAGAUUGUUGGUUUAAGAUUAUGGAUUUAUCUCAUUUUUAAUCACAGGAUAGUUUGGGGUUUAUGCCUAUUAUUAUUCACGAAACCGACUUAAGAUGUUUUCUUUACUUUUCUUUUUUUCCAUUUGCUAAAGUUGAAAGUUGAAACUAACAGUAAUAGUUUGAAACAUGUUUUCUCAUUUUUCCAAGUAGUAUCUGUUUAUUAAAUUCUCUAAUAGAAGAUGUUUGUCUUUCUUACCCAAAGUAAAGAUCCCCUGAUCCGAAAGAAAAAAAUACAAUACUUUGGGAAGCUAUAGCUAUAAAACACUUGAGACACAGAUAUCUAAAUCAGUUUUUUUCCAAGACUCCAACAUUGCACUCUGUAAAGUAACACAGUGUGAUCUAGUAUUAUUUAUCAGAGAUAAUACUGUUCUGACUGUAUAUACAGUCUAGAACUCACAAAUCAAUUAAUUCCUCUCACAAAUCAUUCAUCUUAGACUUACAAAUAAGCAAUGAAAUAGUCAAUGGCCUGAUUCAGACAAAGAGCUACCAGGCUGGAUGGACACUUUUUAGUAUUUUAUCUUUUCUUUUUCUUGCUCAGGGCUGGUAGGUUGGAUCUGAACCAUUAAAAUCAUAUGGUCCACUAGGCGUAUGAUCUCUUUGAGCCAAAUCGGUUCCUGAAUAUAAAGGAGGAAAUGAUGAGGAUGGACUGAGGCAACGGGGAAGUAUAGAAACGUCCAAGUCAAAAGCCAAGGGAUGCAGAGACAGAGACACAGGUGCUUUUUGGUGACCCAGUGGAUAUGGCAACCAAUGUAACUGCCAUACAAGAAACCCUAGGAGCAAACCCACACCACUCAUUCUCAGCUAAGAGAUUUUUCACAGGCAAACAUGUCUUAAACCAUUUACAAAUCAGUUAUUUUAUUUAAUAGUCAAAACCUUAGAAACCUUAGGAUCAUAGAUAUGUCUAUUUUCCGCCUAUUAAUUGCUAUGAGGUUUGAUUUGACCAGUCUGGGCAAUUUAUUCAUCAGCUUCCCUUGAAGUGCACCAGAAAAUAGAAGAAAGGUGUGUGGAGACUUAGGGUAUUUUGUUACAUGUUUUGAUAGUCUUAAAUAGUGAUUAAAUUUAUCUAGAAAGAAGUUAACAGCUCAUUAGAAAAGUUUUAACCUGUGAAAUAAGUAUUUUUCUCAAUAUUCUUUAAAGCUUUUAUGUAAGUUAACACUAGGUACACAUUCUACAUACUAAAAGUCAGUUUAUUACAAAUACAUACCAAAAAUAAAGAUUAUACAAGGCACCAAACUACUAGAUUUGGCAUUAAAACAAAUGUUUAUUUCUAAUUACAACAAAAUUAUAAUGAAUAAAUGUUCUUGCUUUGUAUGGAAAUACAAUUCUUUAUUAAAGUUAACAGAAAGGAACUGAUCAUUUGUGCCAGUAAAAGAGAGAAACACACAGGUUAAAUGUCUUCUUGUGAGGUUAAGGGGUAGAACCUAUCUUGCCUUCACUCUCAAGAUAACGACUCAAAUUAAGCUUUUUGAGCACCACUCUUGUGGGGACACACAUACGCUGAUCUAGGAAUGAAAUCUUCGUGGUCUCAAUUCUAGAUCUACUUUGCCAGUUUCUCUCUGGCUUUAGCCUUUGAGAACCUGUAUAAGAAUACAUAAAUAAUCCAGAGCUGUGAAGAGUUAAAAGGCCUACUUCUCCAGUGAACUCACCCUCUGGGUCACUUGCAACCAAAAAUUGGAUACCUCAUAAUGAUGCAGGAAAGACCCGAGUUCUUGAUGAGUUCCAAAGGCCACGUUCAUUUAGGAACCAACUCUCUCUGGAUUCACCUGCUGAGUUCCAGCAGCGUGAUGGGCUGACAUCCCACCUACAAGCAUGACACCUGUGUAACACCAGCUAUGUAUGGCUGAGGAAGGCUGAAAGAAAGCCAUUAAAUGGAAGAAUGUACUGAUUGUAGUGACCUUCUCCACACACACACACACACACACACACCCCUAGAGUAAUACAGCAAACAUGGAAUAAUCAGCCAAUAUAUAACGUCAGUAUUUUAUUAAAUAAUCUGAAUGUGGUUGAUUUUGACAUCGCUGCAAUUACAAUUUUCUUCUAUUUUUCAAGUCACAAUAAGGAAAAUAAACUACUCAUGGUCUAAAUACCAGAGAUAAAGUAGACUCAUGGCUUGGUAAGGAAAUUUUAAGCAUUCCUUCAAAGACUGACGUGCUAAAGUAAGUAUUGAUGUUUUGGGUUUUUUUACACCUAGGAUUUUGCUUGGGUGUGUAGGUGAAGGCCAAGACCCUCUGCAGGAAAAAGCUUAUUUUUAAACUCAGAAAAUAAAAUGUCAAUCAUAAAAAUCUACUUCAACUUUAGCAAAAAGAAAAAAAAUCAACAAAAAGUAUACUCUGUAUGCUGGGAUUCCGAGGUUCCAACACACCGUUACAAAUCUGUGGGGGGUUUCUUUCUUCUGAUAAUUCUAGAGCCUGUUACCAUAGAAAGGCAUUUCUUCAAUGGCUGGUUGUAGUUAGUUCAUGUUUUUCAAUCAAAUUUGCAAAUGUAUUUGUUGCUGUAUAGUGAUUGUUUUGCAAAAUAAAAUUGCUUGUCACCUAACUGCUA